ACGCUAAGCAUUAUAGCCCUCCCGUAAGAAGUGCCGUGCCCAUGCUUUUGCUUGUGGUUUCUUACAAUAAUAGACUUAAGCAGGUGUAGAUUGUUGUAGAUUUUGUCAGAAAGAAGUUCUGACUUUGUGCAUGAAGGACUAAACGUCAAUUAACCUUUUACAAAUUAAUAAGUAUCAUGGAUGCAUUGAAAUCUUUGACUGAUUACGCGGCAGAUCCAAGAACAGUAUUUUUCUUAGCAGCAGCAAUUGGAUACGUUCUGUAUAAAAAUACUGUUAAAAAGACGAGACCACAGAACUCUGUAAUUGAUAAAGAUUUAUCGAUUUAUUCCGAUGAGGAUGCAGAUUUCAAAUUAGUUCUAGUUAUUAGGACAGAUUUAAAAAUGGGUAAAGGAAAAGUAGCAGCUCAAUGUGCUCAUGCUGCGGUUGGGGCGUAUAAACUUUCACAAAGACAGCCUAAACUUCUCGAAGCUUGGGAAAACUGUGGACAGAAAAAGAUUACAGUUAAGGUUGACAGCGAAUCUGAACUAUUGGAAGUAGCAAGAAAUGCAAGAUCAGUCGGAAUUUUAACUAACGUUAUACGAGAUGCCGGGAGGACACAGGUUGAUCCCGGCAGUAAAACAGUAUGUGGUAUUGGUCCUGGACCAUCGGAUCUCAUAGAUGAAGUUACCGGACAUUUAAAAUUAUAUUAAUUCUGUAUACAAGUAUUUUUUAAAUAAAACACAUUUCAUA